GCCGGAACGGGAGCGUGAGUGUGCGUGUGGAGCCGGGGCUCGUGGGAGACGAUCGCGAUGAACACGGUGUUGUCGCGGGCGAACUCGCUGUUCGCCUUCUCGCUGAGCGUGAUGGCGGCGCUCACCUUCGGCUGCUUCAUCACCACCGCCUUCAAAGACAGGAGCGUCCCGGUGCGGCUGCACGUCUCGCGGAUCAUGCUAAAAAAUGUAGAAGAUUUCACUGGACCUAGAGAAAGAAGUGAUCUGGGAUUUAUCACAUUUGAUAUAACUGCUGAUCUAGAGAAUAUAUUUGAUUGGAAUGUUAAGCAGUUGUUUCUUUAUUUAUCAGCAGAAUAUUCAACAAAAAAUAAUGCUCUGAACCAAGUUGUCCUGUGGGACAAGAUUGUUCUGAGAGGUGAUAAUCCGAAGCUGCUGCUGAAAGAUAUGAAAACAAAAUAUUUUUUCUUUGACGAUGGAAAUGGUCUCAAGGGAAACAGGAAUGUCACUUUGACCCUGUCUUGGAACGUCGUACCAAAUGCUGGAAUUCUACCUCUUGUGACAGGAUCAGGACACGUAUCUGUCCCAUUUCCAGAUACAUAUGAAAUAACGAAGAGUUAUUAAAUUAUUCUGAAUUUGAAACGACAUAUUUUUAUACUUAAUGAAUUGUAUCUCAUUAAUCUCUUCCCUUACAUCUUCAUUUAUUGUUGGUUUGGUUUUUUUUGUUUGUUUUUUUAUUUGGUAUAAGAACUAACAUCAAAAGGCCUGUUUGAAGGGAAAGGUUAAUGGGCUACUUAAUGUUACAAACGAAACAAAAAAACAAGGCUGCCACAGUGGAGUGUUAUCUUACAAGAAUAAGAACUACAUAAAAUGGAUUUGUAAAAAAUACAUAUUUGAAGUAUUCCCUGUAUUUCUAUUAUUCUCUAUGGAAUA